AUGAAAACUUUAAAGACCCUCGCUGUCCUUUGCGGGUUAGCUUCUGCUAGUCCGACACCAAUGCCUCAGGUAACAGCUCAGGACAACCCACCUUGGAACCUCCGAGCUAUUUCUCACCGGUCUCCCCAAAGAUGGCCGACUGCCCUUCGCAAAUCCAAAUAUUACUACAAUAUCUGGAGCGACUCUAAGACGUAUUAUGCAUACGUUCUUGACUCGGGUAUUCGAAUCACACAUGGAGAGUUUGAGGGCCGUGCCGGAAACCUCUGGACUGCCUUCAAGGACGCUGGUAACCAGCCCAAUUACGAGGACGAAAGUGGUCACGGCACCCACGUUGCCGGAAUUAUUGCCUCCAAGACCUAUGGAGUGUCUAAAAGUGCUCAAGUGCUCUCUGUUAGAGUGUUUGACUCUGCCGGAUCAGCGCCCAUGUCUCAAAUUUUGGCGGGAUAUAACAAAGCCGUGAAUGACAUUAUUGAUAAAGGCCGAUACAGUCAUGCCGUCAUUAACUAUUCUGGUAGUAAAUCGCGGGCACUCUACUCUGCAAUUGAUAGAGCUUAUCGUUCACCUCGUGGAUAUAUUCUAACUAUUACAACCGCCGGCAACGAUAAUCAGAAAGCUACUGGACAGCCAACGGGCUUCGUCACAAACGCUAUAGUUGUCGGAGCUAUUGAACCAGAUUGGAGCAUUGCCCCGUUUUCCAACUUCGGAUACACAGUUAAUAUUUUUGCCCCGGGAAGCAAAAUCGUCUCUCUUUCACACAAAAGCAAUACUGCUACUAUGACAAUGUCAGGCACCUCAAUGGCUGCACCUCAUGUUGCCGCACUGGCUUUGAAUGCCAUGGCAAUUUACAACAAACACCCCUCUGCCAUUCGCUCCUUCCUUAAAGACACUGCCACAAAGGAUCGAGUUACGGGUAACCUUCAUGGCUCCCCAAACCUGCUUGCGAAUAACAAUAAUGACCAGCAGAAGUCAGCUUAA